GCAUCUCCUCUCUCUCUCGCUCUCUCUAGCUUCUCUACUGGUGGAAACGCACCCCAACUAUGCGAAACCUGGCAUUUCAUACGCUUGCGAUACUGGGCUUGGGUGUGAUGCCGCUCGGACGCUGCGACGGGUUCUCUGCGAUAUCGACCGUUUUAAAGCUCAGCAACCCGCCGAGCAUUAUCAUGCUCGGCAAGACUUCAAUCAUCCAGGGUGUACCACGAUGUAGACGGCAAUGGGUCCGCGGUUUACCGGGUUGCGAAGCUCCAGUGGCAGCGCAAGACUCAACACCCCGGAGGUGCACUGCCCGGGUGUGUAUGGGCUCUCACACGGCGCGUGCCGCCGCCGGUAGCCUCGGAACGGCCGCUGCUGCCGCCGUUUUGCGCGGAGGAGCAAUGGAGCACAACGUCAUCGCUGGCGUGUUGGGGGAACUCGCCAAUAUUCGGACGCCUGCAGCCCUUCUCGGUGGCGCCGCCCUCGGCACGAUGUUCUUUCAGCCCAAGGCCGAUGCCAACAGGCGGCUCCAUCUGCUCUACACCCUGCUCUCUACCUCCGCCUUCUCGCUCCAGCUGGUGUGCGUGCUUUGCUCGACGCUCACGUAUACAUCGAUAGCGAGCCGUCCCGAGGCUAUCGCGAUAUCGGCUAUCAGCUAUCUCUCGGAGCAGAUGCAGUGGGAGUUUUUUGUCAUUCGGGGCAGCUUCGUUUAUGGCCUCUUCUCCUUCCUCGCAGCGCUUGUCUGUAGAGGCUGGCUUACGUUCUACGAGGAAAAGGAAAGAGGACCCGCGUGGGUAAUCAUGGCCGUCCUGGCGAGCUCGGCGAUUUUCCUGCUCAAUUUCAUUCACUACACCCACAAUUCACUGACCCUUUGUCUCGGGGGCAUGACCAAGGCCUUGAUCUCACUAACGCUGCGAAACAUGUACGCCACGAAGAAGCGGUUCAUUCGUCAUGUACUGGCGGCCUUCGGCAUCUGGGGCGCCGUGAAGCUUCUCAAGCUCGAACCAAGUGCAGGCGCUAAAAGAAGUGCGGAGCAAGGGACUGCAGUAUCAACUGCGCCUCCUCCUCAGAGCGGAAGAGAACAGAAGUAAUUGUCUGUUUGAGCCUGAUUGUCAAGGGUAUUCGCGUGUUUGUUCAUCGCCUGUUCUCUUGACCAAGAAAGAGGUCUAUAUUGCUUGGGUGUUUCUGAUUUUGGGAAGCUUUCAUGACAUUCGUUCUGCUUCAGGUCUGUACGGGCUCUUUGAACACACUACACGUAUUCUUUCGUCUAAGAGUGAGAGCCGAACGUUGUAUAUGCGAUGGAAGUGUGGCGAAAAAGAAGGUGGGUGUGACAGAAUUUCGUUACUGAAAGGCAUAGUGCAGGAGGGAGGGACCGGCCACCAUAUUUCCGGAAAGCUGCUGUAGUCUGCCUGAGCGUGCAACCUGGUUGGUUUCGCCUCCUGCAGUUGCAACCAACAGGUGUAGCUCAGCCACGGAAACGAAAUACAAUUCGAAUAACUGGGGACCCAUGUCGUGACCUUUGUAGGUGAAGGUUCGCAUAACCUAAAGUUUGGGGGAGGGUUGAACGCGUGGGAUAUCUCGACUUGGGGAGAGAUUCCUGGUUGUUUUCCCUGUGCUGCUACCCUCUGGCCGUACGUAUGCUUCAUUGAGAUCCAGUUGGGAGAUACGAGUCUGUAGUGAAUGUUCUGCAAGUUUGCCAGGCAAGUGCAUAGCUUAUGUUUGCCGGCUGCAAUGAGCUCGAACUUGUGAGCUAAAUGCCUCGGUGAUUUGCUGGUCAUCCUCCUAGCGCCCUUUCCUUGCCCAUGGACAGUGGAGGGUCACACAUGACUCAUUCUCCAACUCCCCCAACCUCUCAGGCUU